GAAGGCAGAGCAUCACUGGGCAGAAAGCAGAAGGAGGAAAAGACGAGACUGGCUUCCUGAGGGCAUGAGUAACCCAAGAUCACCGGGCGAGCUCUAUGAUGUACUCUCCUCCUCAGAAACCAAUAGGGCGAUAUUACACCUAAAGGAGUUGAAUGAUGACUUGAAGAAGAAAAAACAGGAGCUCAAAGAGAUGCUAAGUCCCCUGGAAGCAGAAAAAGACAUUUUAUUCCAGCAGCUAAUGAUUAAUCUGGAGGAAAAACAAAGGAGUUUGCAGAUCAUGGCACGGAUCAUGGCGGGCAAGGGAGAUGAUUCCGAAGACAGCUUGAUCCAUUCGCUGGAGAACAUCAAAGAAGCGGAGUUGCUGAAGCAGAGCCUGGAAAAGAGGAAUGAAAUGCUGUGGAAGGAAAUGGAAACGCUAUGGAGCAAGGACUAUCAGCAAGAUGAAUUCAGUGACCUUCUGAAACAGCUGCUUCACAAGAACAAGGAAGAAAUGCAGGUGUUAAGGGAACUAGCUCAGAGGAAAUUUCAGAGAGAAGAGCAAUAACUCCAUUUUCAAGAAGAAACGUGCACGAUUCAGAUGGAAAUUAGGGCAGCGUGAGACCAUGUAAGAUCUGGACAGUCACAGACGACAGCAAUCUAAUCCAGGGGGACCCUCAACUCUCUUCCCUUUACCACACGAAUACUUGGAGGGCCGGGUCACUGUAAACACAGAACCUGACAGACCACAGAUCUCAGAUGGUUGAGAGCACGGUUUCAGCCUUUUGAAUAAUUGAGGAGAGCUGGUCUUCUUUCCAUUCAUUCUGGAUUUCCAGGAUGUCACCUUUGUGUUAUCCCGCACUGUACCCUUCCUCGGCUUUGCUAGAGCACAGAGGAAUCUCUUUUAUAAGGAGCGGAAGGAAACGCUGGAAGAGAAGGAGAGAGACCCUGACCCAGUGAUGCUGCCCCGUCACGAACCAGAUUUUAGGCAAUCCACCAGGUCUCCUUGAAAACUGAAUCUAGAAUAGUACCGCAGUCUCUCCUGACCAGACCUUUCACAUUUGAUUAACAUUUCCGCAUAGUGA